GACGACCCGCGCCGCCGCCGCGUGCGGGGGCGAAGAGGGCGGGGCGCGAGGAGCCGCGGCGGCUGCGAGGCGGCGGGAGAUGCGGGCGGCGGCGGGCACCCGGCGGGCUCGGCUCGGCCGCUGCCGCCUUCUCCGGCUCCGCCGCGGGGGUCGCAGCGGCUGCCGCGCCGUCCUCGAGUUUCCAGCGUGAGGAGGAGGCUGCGGUCGGAGAGGCGCAUCGUGUUCGAGCCAGAGACCGAGAGGGAGCCCCGCGCGCGGCCUCGCUCAUUGCUAUGGAUAGCGCUAUCACCCUGUGGCAAUUCCUCCUUCAGCUCCUGCAGGAGCCUCAGAACAAGCACAUGAUCUGCUGGACCUCUAACGAUGGGGAGUUCAAGCUUUUGCAGGCAGAAGAGGUGGCUCGUCUCUGGGGGAUUCGCAAGAACAAGCCUAACAUGAAUUAUGACAAACUCAGCCGAGCCCUCAGAUACUAUUAUGUGAAGAAUAUCAUCAAAAAAGUGAAUGGUCAGAAGUUUGUGUACAAGUUUGUUUCUUACCCAGAGAUUUUGAACAUGGAUCCAAUGACAGUGGGCAGGAUUGAGGGGGACUGUGAAACUUCAAACUCCAGCGAAGUCAGCAGCAGUUCCAAAGAUGUGGAGAAUGGAGGGAAAGAGAAACCACCUCAGCCUGGUGCCAAGACCUCCAGCCGCAAUGACUAUAUACACUCUGGCUUGUAUUCUUCGUUUACUCUCAACUCCUUGAACUCUUCCAAGGUGAAACUUUCCAAACCAAUAAAGAUUGAGAAUCCAGCUGAGAAACUGGCAGAGAAAAAAUCUCCUCAGGAACCGACAUCAUCUGUCAUCAAAUUUGUAACAACACCUUGCAAAAAGCCACCAGUUGAACCUCUUGCUGCCGCCAUUUCAACUGGCCCAAGUAUUUCUCCAUCUUCAGAAGAAACUAUCCAAGCAUUGGAGACAUUGGUUUCCCCAAAACCACCUUCCUUGGAGGCCCCGGCCUCUGCAUCCAACAUGACUGCCACUUUGUCUCCCACACCUCCCGUUUCAUGCACACCUGCUGCUUUGCAGGAGCUUCCGAGGACACCUUCGCCACCGCUGAGUUCUAACCCAGACAUCGACACAGACAUCGAUUCAGUGGCUUCUCAGCCAAUGGAACUCCCAGAGAACUUGCCACUGGAGCCUAAAGACCCGGAUUCAGCUUUGCCAGAAAAGGACAAAACAAGUAAUUCAUCAAGAUCCAAGAAACCCAAGGGGUUAGAACUGGCACCCACCCUUGUGAUCACAGGCAGCGAUCCAAGCCCCCUGGGAAUACUGAGCCCGUCCCUCCCCACAGCUUCUCUUACACCAGCAUAUUUCUCACAGACACCCAUCAUACUGACUCCAAGCCCCUUGCUCUCCAGUAUCCACUUUUGGAGCACGCUCAGCCCUGUUGCUCCCCUGAGUCCAGCCAGACUGCAAGGUGCUAACACACUGUUCCAGUUUCCUUCUGUAUUGAACAGUCAUGGGCCAUUCACUCUGCCUGGCCUGGAUGGACCUUCCACCCCUGGCCCGUUUUCCCCAGACCUACAGAAGACAUAACCUAUGCACUUGUGGGAUGAGAAAACUGAGAAACAAAGGAACAGAGACACAUUCAACAUGAUUGUAUUUGAAGUGAGCAAUUGAAAGUUCUACAAUGCUGAUAAUAGACUAUUGUGAUUUUUGCCAUUCCCCAUUGAAACGCCUUUUUAGGAUUCCCUUUGAAUAGGACUCAAGUUGGACUGUGUAUAAAAAUGCCUUAAUUGGAGUGCAGACUCCACCUCCCUCUCUUUUUCUUUCUUUUCUUUUCUUUUUUUUCCAGUUUAAUAUUUUGAGCUUUGUGCUAAAGAAAUUUUUGGUGGCGUUUAGCAGCUGUACUUUACGAGAGCAAUUAAGAACAAAGUUAUUCCUUUGGGAACUUUUGGCAAGGAAAAAAAUUAUGCUGAGAGUAUAUUCUUUAAAGAAAUACGAGUUAAA